GUGACAAAGAAAGAAGAAAGCAGUAACGACUACCGACAGUGCAUGAAUUGAAUUGAAUGAAUUCUGGGCUGUCUAUCUAGCACCAGCAACACGAUUCAGAAAAGAAAAAUACAGAUAUCAUCAUCCAUGCUGCAUAAUCCUUAGUGGUCCCUUCCCUUUCAUCUCACGCUCUAGCUAGCUAACUACUACUGACUAGAAAACUGCUACCGUUAGUGAGUAUUGUUGUUUUCCGUUAACUCCGCACUUCGAGGUCCCCUCAUUUAAAACGUCUAUUCUCUUCCAUUUCACGCAACGGAAUUACCAAAACAACCCCCCAUUUUCCCACUACCACCACCCAUCUCACCCAUUUUACUUUAUUCCCAAAUUAAAAUUAAACAAGACAACAAAAACAUCUUCCACUUCUAUUCCAUUUCCAUGGCACUUACAAAAAGGAAACUAACUCUAGUACUACUACUGCUACUAACACUUUAACUACCAACCACAUCUUCAUAAAUAAUCACGAUUUGACUCUCUUAUGGAAACUUUGACUCUGAUUUCAUUUACUCAAUCUCAAUUAACAACACUUUCGCUAAUCAUAAUUCCUGAUUUAGAUCCUCCUCCCAAUUCUGCAUAGAUCUGAACUGUUCGGGAAAAUCAAUGGUGUCGGUCAUGUCAAUCGAUAUAUUCAAAAAGAUUCAAGGCUCAUUGAUGAAAUGGAUGCUUAUACUAUCUUACCUGGUAUUUAUGAUCGAGUCUGGUGUACAUGAUAAAACACUGGAACCUCCAUUGCUAUCCGCAGCUAGAUCACCUUUGGCUGCUGUUUUUGUUCAUGAUCUGCCUCUACCAGGAAAUUCCCACGGGUCCAAGUACGCGCUUUCUCGUGGUGCACCAAUUGCAACACUGUCACUGGACAGUUCUCCUUCAUAUGGUCCUUUCAUAAAUCCUGGCCAACCCCCAAAAAGUUCCCAUUUUUCCAUCCCAUUCAAGAAGAGGAGUGAAUGGAAACUCCCAAUUUCUGGCUUUAAAAAUAUUGCACCUAUUCAUUCUACGGAAGCUGCAGCCCCUUCUGCUUUGCCUCAGCCACCGUUGACCCAUCAUGCUUCCAAUUGUUGUAAACAAGACAUGGUGUUGAAACGAGGCAGUAAAGGUUGCCACUGUGUAUAUCCCAUAAAGAUAGACAUUCUUCUUUUGAAUGUCUCUCAGAAUCCUGAUUGGGAUAAAUUUCUUGAUGAGCUAGCUGGCCAGCUAGGGUUGCAAAAUAAUACCCAGAUUGACCUGAUAAACUUUUAUGUGAUCAACUUCUCAACAUUAAAUAUCUCGAUGGAUAUUACUCCACAUAAAGGCAUCAGUUUCUCUGCCAAUGAAGCUUCUAGAAUAAACUCUUCGCUUUCAAUGCAUAAGGUUCGACUAGACCCUAGAUUAGUAGGUGGGUACAAACUCCUCAACAUAAUCUGGUUUGAACCUCCACCACCGACUCAAGCUCCUACUUUAACUGCAUCGCCGGAGAAAGCACCUUUGUAUCAUUCACCUACAGCUACAUCACCAAGUUCUUCAACUAGGGGAGGGCAUUCAAAUCUAUUUCUUAUUCUUGGAAUUGCUAUUGGCAUGCUCUUCAUUGCAAUCGUGUCUAUAUUAAUAUUCUGUUUAUGCACGUUACUGCGGAAGGAAAAAACACCCCCCAUAGAAACUGAAAAGCCAAGGAUAGAAAGUGCUGUUUCAGCUGGGGGUUCUAUUUCCCACCCAACCAGUACACGGUUUAUUGCUUAUGAAGAACUUCGAGAAGCCACAAACAACUUUGAAUCUGCAAGUGUACUUGGAGAAGGAGGGUUUGGUAAAGUUUUUAAAGGCAUCUUAAGUGAUGGUACUUCUGUUGCAAUUAAGAGGCUUACAAAUGGAGGGCAACAGGGUGACAAAGAGUUUUUGGCCGAGGUUGAAAUGCUUAGCCGGUUGCAUCAUCGUAACCUUGUAAAACUAGUGGGAUACUAUAGUAAUCGUGAGUCGUCACAAAACCUACUUUGCUACGAGCUUGUUCCUAAUGGAAGUUUGGAGGCUUGGCUUCAUGGUCCCAUGGGAAUAAAUUGUCCUUUGGAUUGGGACACUCGAAUGAAGAUUGCUCUUGAUGCUGCACGAGGACUUUCGUACCUGCAUGAAGACUCACAGCCAUGUGUAAUACACAGAGAUUUUAAGGCAUCCAACAUAUUACUCGAGAACAAUUUUCAUGCUAAGGUUGCAGAUUUUGGUCUUGCUAAGCAAGCACCUGAAGGAGGAGCUAAUUAUUUGUCUACCCGUGUCAUGGGCACAUUUGGAUAUGUAGCUCCUGAGUAUGCCAUGACUGGACACCUACUUGUUAAAAGUGAUGUUUAUAGCUAUGGAGUUGUCUUGCUAGAACUGCUCACUGGAAGGACACCUGUGGAUAUGUCACAGCCAGGUGGACAAGAGAACCUUGUUACUUGGGCCAGGCCAAUCCUUAGAGAUAAGGACCGGCUGGACGAGAUUGCCGAUCCAAAGCUUGAGGGAAAGUACCCAAAGGAAGAUUUUGUACGUGUGUGCACCAUUGCAGCGGCAUGUGUUGCUCCUGAAGCAAACCAACGACCCACCAUGGGUGAAGUGGUGCAAUCACUUAAAAUGGUGCAGCGCAUCACAGAGUACAACGAUUCUGUAUUAGCCUCAUCCAAUACACAGACCAAUUUGAGACAGUCAUCUAGCACUUUUGAGUUUGAUGGAACAUCUUCAGUGUUUUCUUCAGGCCCUUACUCUGGUCUAAGUGCUGCCUUUGACAAUGACAACAUUUCUAGAACAGUGGUUUUCUCGGAAGAUCUUCAUGAAGGACGAUGAACACUGAGAAAACUAAAGGCAUCCAUGAAAAGAUUCUAACCUUGUAAUUUAAAUCCAUGGCUAAAAGGUUGAAUCAUAGGCCGAAAUUUUUUCCAAAGUGAUUGAAUCUUUUUGCUGUUGGUAAUGGUUCGGGUGAUAAGAUUUUAAUUGAUGAGUAAAUAGUGCAGUUAGCAGAUUGUGUUCUUUUUGAGGAGUUAGCAAUUUAGCGUGCUAGUAUGUUUUUUGAUACAAGCAGAUUGUGUUAAUCGUAAAAAAAAAAAAUAUGAAUUGGCUAAUAAGUUAUAGUUUUUUUAGUGGA